CUGUCCGCUUUUGUCACAGACAGUGUUAGAAAAAAAAUAAUUAUGGAAAAAAAAUAUUUGAACAUGCCGAGAAGUAUGAAAAGCGCUUCUAGAAUAUCUCUGAGUUCGGACGGAUCGUGGAAGCUUAGCUGUAGCAGCGGUGCAUCGCUUAAGUCAGUCAGAGCCCGCUACGUGCCGGAAAUCAGUCAAACUGUGGCUGCCACCACUGCCACUGACCCGGUCAUGAUGGUCAAACCCGUCGUCGCCCAAUCGAUUUCGGCCACAGCAUCUGACGAAUCAGACACUGACGAAGAGUCCAGCGACCAACAGUCCACCGAUCUACAGUCCAUCGACGAACCGGCGACCGAAGAAGAGCAACCCAUCGUACCGACCAAAGACGAAGAGCCAUCCACCGUACCGGUCUAUAAGACUUGUGAUCAUCUGCCGCCGCGGGUUCGUUUGUCGCAGAAGUUAUCCUUCAAACAUUCUUACGGCAAAGACGUCUACGCCGAUUUGCGAUCUUUGGAUGACGGCGACGUUGCGUAUAAGAAGCCAGUCCAAGCGAAAGUCGUGAAACUGCAGCAGGUACGUGCAUCUCAUCCUGGAGGUGACAUGGGAAUCCCUAAACCGAAAACAUUUCGGUGUGGUGCUGCAGCGAACGCAAAAAACCUGAACGAUGACAAGUUCUUGAAACGAGUGGCCUCCCCAGAUACUAAGAACAACGAGAGACUCGUAACCGCUCGGCGCAAACCGGUGGUGGCCCAAAAAACGUUUAAAAAUAAAAACAGUCAGAUAAAAAACGUAUAUAUGAGCCAGGCGAACAAGGUGUCGACGAAACCAGCGCCUUUCCAGCGAAGAUCAUCGUCUUACAUCAACCGGCAGGCAAUGCAAAGAGAAACCGAUCGAAUCAAUUAUAAGAUUAUGAGAAAAUUGAUCAACGUCAAGGCCGCGGUUUCCACUUUUCGUUAGUUCGAGUUGAUGGGCUCGGGCAAUGUAGGAUGGUGGUCGUUGUAGUGUAUUGCAUUAAUAGAUUAUUAUUUAUUCCAAAGAAUUUUGAA